GCGAAAUUCUUGCAAUAAUGGGUCCUUCAGGGUGCGGAAAGACGACUUUAUUAAACAUUUUGGGUAAUCGUGUGGGAAAGCAAGGAGUUUCUGGAACGAUAAACUUAAAUGGUAAUAGAAUUAUUAAAGAAACAAAAAGAUUUGUGGCUUAUUGUUCUCAAAAUGACAUUUUUUUCCCACAAUUGACUGUUAGAGAAACUCUUUCCUUUACGGCUCGACUACGUCUUCCACGUGAAAUGUCCAGAAGUGAAAAAUUAAAACAGGUGGAAAACACUAUUCAAUUGUUGAAUUUAUCUAAAUGUGCAGAUACAAAAAUUGGUGAUAAUAGGGUUAGAGGAGUAUCUGGUGGUGAGAAAAAACGUGUUAGCAUCGCCUGUGAACUAUUAACUGAUCCAA